AUGCAGGGAUGUAGAAGAAAUUAUAAGCACGCUGUUCGACUCGAUAUUCGCGCAAAAGCCACAGGUAGAACGAUCCGGAAUAGAAUUCAAGCAGUCGGACCGAAUGGAACGGAUGAGCGAUGGGCUGUUCUUUUUUGUGAUUUACCGUCAUUACGCCGGACCCGCAUGGCAAUCACCAGACUCAAAACCCCGGUUCCACUCGGCAACUUUCUGGAGGAGUGCCAAAUUCUGGUCGUGAUCAUCACCCCAACGCAUGAGAAAGGUACGAAAUCUGCCGCCGAGGUGGCUAGGACCUACGCAACGCUACUGGCUUGCGAUGGGAUUCUGGACCAACUAUUGGAUGCUGCGGAUGAAUUAGCAAUAAAGGCAAUUUUUGAUACCUCGGCUAAGCUGUUGAAAGAAAAUAUAGUGAUCCAAGUCCAUGAAGAGUGUAAUGAAAAGGACGAGAACGAUAAUUCAUGGAAACCAUUUUCCGGCAUUAUUGCUGAUACAAGACGUAGAGCCAAGCAUUAUGCAUCGGAUUUUACCGAUGCCUCGGCUCUCUGUUAUAAAGCUUUGGCCGCCAUCUUUAAAACUUACUCUGUUAGUUACACUAAUUGCGUUGCUGAUAUGAAUUCUACAAGUGUUUUUAUGAAAGAUGGUUGUGCUCCCGGAAGUGCCCUUCUUUUCGCCUUAUUGGUAUUCGGAACUCUUUGGCUAGCUCUUACUUUUGAUGCAGCAAGAAAAGGACACUUUUUAACAACCUUUAUCCGCGGCCUAAUUUCUGAUUAUGCUCUCCCAAUCGCUGUGGUUAUCAUGGCUGUCCUGGCAAAGAUCUUCUUCAGCAAUGUCGAUACGGAAAGCUUCAGCGUCUACGAUAAAGCUGAUAUCCAUUGGGCCGGACCGGAAAAUCUACCAUUUUGGGCUCAGGGACUCGCAAUCGGGCUCGCCCUACCAUCUGCCUAUCUUCAUUUAAAGGCCUUGGCCGACGUGGAGCAUCGCGUACACAAUGGGGUCAUGGGCGAAGUGAUUACCAAAGUCAGAGAAACUCGUCUGGCCGUUCUAUUAGCGCAUAUUCUGAUGAUCCCCAUAUAUUUCUGGCUAAUUCCAUACUUUACAGCUUUUAUCCCAACUUCAUUAUUUCAUGGACUUUUCCUCUUCAUGGCCAUCAGCUCGUUGACGGGUAAUGAAAUGUGGCAGAGAAUUAUGCUCCUUUUUACUGAACAGCGCUCUUACCCGGCCACCAGUUACUUGAGAAAGGUCUCACAAAGAAAAGUCCACGCCUUCACCAUUAUUGAAAUUCUACAAUUAGCCACGCUAUUGGCAGUCGGUUUUUAUCCUUGGCAUUUUGUGGAAAUGGUAUUUCCGGUUGUCAUUGCGUUAUUUAUACCUUUCCGGCAUUUCAUACUCCCGCUAAUGUUUUCUGACGAUGAACUGGAAGCAUUGGAUAGCGAACAU